AAAAGAAAAAAAAUCCCCAAACAUCUUCCUUCCUUUUUGGAUCAAAACUCUUCUCAAAUAUCACUAACAAAAAUCAAACCUUCAUCUGCCCACGCUACCCCACCACCCCACUACGCCACUACCCCACCCACUCUCACUUCCUUUUUUUUUUUUUUUAUCAAUGGCUAAAAACUCCAUAGAUGUUUCUCACUUCAUUUUUGUUUGAUUUGAUCCAUGAAUUGCAAUCUUCAUUCUAAAAUUGUUCUUUUUUUAAUUCCCAUUUUGCCUUUGUAUUUCCAGCUCCAAUGUCUAACAACAUCAAUCAUCUAAUCCGACCCGAAUCUGAACCCGAAAAUCCUCAGAUCGAUAAUCGGGGCAGCGGAUGCCAACAUUUAUCAGAGCUCCGAUCUAGAAUCGGGUCGAACCCAUUUAUCAAUUUCCCGGGUUGCGUUAAAGUCCGGCCAUUGGGGCGGGCCUCGAUUAAGAGGGAUACGCCCCACGUGCUGGUACGGUGCGGCGUGUGCGGGCACGCACCACACCGUCUGUACGCCUGUGUCACGUGCGCUGCAGUUUUCUGUCACGCGCACGUGGGGUUGGGGCCACGGUCGCAGCAUUUGGCAGAUGCAGAUAGAUCCAGUUGCGUGCAGCAGCACCACAACAUCACUGUUGAGAUAGACCGCGCUGAGCUGUUCUGUUGUGUGUGUAGGGACCAGGUGUACGACCGCGACUUUGAUGCCGCGGUAGUACUGGCCCAGACAGAGGCUGCUGCUGUUGCAAUCGAACAGCCGCCUCUUCUUUCGGAGAAUAUCCGGAAGAGGAGGCGGGUGGAGUACAAGCCAUGGACACCUGAUGUGAAAGAACAAGUUUUGAUUGUUGGGAAUUCAAAUCCAUUCCCAAGCCAAAUGAGCAAUGAUGCAUUAACAACUCCACCAGAAGUACAAUGGGGGUUGAGGGGACUUAAUAAUCUUGGGAAUACGUGUUUUAUGAACUCUGUACUUCAAGCAUUGCUUCAUACGCCACCAUUGAGGAAUUACUUUCUGAGUGAUAAGCAUAAUAGAUAUUUUUGUCAGCGAAAGAAUAGCACUAUUGUAACGAGGAGCAGUAGUAGUAGUGGUGAUAAUAAUGCGAACAAGAACUCUAUGUUGUGUUUGGCUUGUGAUUUGGAUGCAAUGUUUUCUGCUGUUUUCUCUGGGGAUCGGAGCCCGAUUAGUCCUGCAAAGUUCCUCUACAGUUGGUGGAAGCAUGCGUCAAAUCUUGCAAGCUAUGAACAGCAGGACGCUCAUGAGUUUUUUAUUUCUGUGCUUGAUGGGAUUCACGAAAGAAUGCAGAAUGACAAGGGGAAGGCCCCAAAUCCAGGCAGUGGAGACUGUUGCAUUGCUCAUAGAGUAUUUUCUGGAAUCUUGCGGUCUGAUGUCAUGUGUACAGCUUGUGGCUUCACAUCUACUACAUAUGAUCCAUGUAUAGACAUCUCGUUGGAUUUGGAACUGAGCCAGGGGAGUACUUCAGCAAAGAUGACGACAUCAAAGAAGUCUCAUAAUACUCACAAAAAAGCAGUUGAACCCGGUAAGUCUAGCCAAAAUGCUAGACUUUCUACGUUGAUGGGAUGUUUAGAUCAUUUUACAAGACCUGAGAAAUUGGGGUCCGAUCAGAAGUUCUUCUGCCAACACUGUCAAGUGAGACAGGAAUCUCUUAAACAGAUGUCGAUAAGAAAACUGCCUCUAGUUUCUUGCUUUCAUAUCAAAAGGUUUGAGCAUUCUGUGAUUAAGAAAAUGUCGAGGAAGGUUGAUCACUACCUACAGUUUCCUUUUUCCUUGGACAUGUCGCCUUACCUUUCUUCGUCUAUCUUGAGGAGCCGAUUUGGAAAUAGAAUCUUCUCCUUUGACGGGGACGAGCAAGACAACACAUCCUGUGAAUCUUCCUCGGAAUUUGAGUUGUUUGCUGUCAUCACCCAUACCGGUAAACUUGAUGCUGGUCAUUAUGUAACAUAUCUGAGGUUAAGUAAUCAAUGGUACAAAUGUGAUGAUGCUUGGAUCACUCAGGUAAGUGAGAACAUCGUGAGAGCUGCACAAGGAUACAUGAUGUUCUAUGUGCAGAAAAUGCUGUACUACAAGGCUAGUGAAAAACAGGUUAGCUAGAAGGAAACUUGCAACUCGCGUAGUACCAAUGCAGCAACACCAGAUUGAAAUCGCCUAUAGGCUUGCGUACACGCUAAACAGUUUUUGUUGGUAGAAAAAAGGUUUGUGCUGAUAUUUUUGCUCCAAAGUGGUGCUGCUGCUGCUUUUGAGUUGGAGUGUAAUCUUAGCCUGAAUUUUAAAGGCACACACGCUCUCCAAAUUUUGGCAACAAAAUAUGUUAUGUUAUCCCUUGCAAAAGAGAUAAUUAGUGUAACCUUUCUAUUUUUUUGUGGCUAACCAUAGAGAAAUAAUAAUAGCAACUUCAAGUAGAAGAAACUUGUUUCUUUUUUCA